AUGGCUCCAGCCCUUUAUUUUCUCCCCCCGCCUGGGACCACGGACCCUCGUGGGAAGGCAACUGCAUCCAAAGACACCUUGGAAGUGUCUGCUUGGGACCCUAGCGUGUUGUAUGGCAAUCGAGCUGCUGCGCUGUGCCACCUUCAGUGUUGGACUGCAGCGGUGCAGGAUGCACGGAUGGCUGCUCGACUGCAGCAGUCAGCCAAGGCCAGAUGUCGUCUUGGUGUUGCACUCUUGGGAGCUGGGCAACCAGAGGAUGCAUACACCGAAUUCGCUUGGGCAUUGGCCAUCGACAGUCACUAUGCUCUGGCUCGAAGCGGUUUGGAGGCUUGCCUCUCCGCCAUUCCCAAGUGGAAAUCUCGCGAGGCACAGAGACGUUGGAGGUUGUCCCAGGAUUCUGGACGGCCACGAGCUUUCACCAAGGUUUGGAUGAUUUCGGAUCUCCACUGCGACCAGAAGGGGAACGCAGAGUGGUGUCAGCUCCUGGAUGAUGCAGAGUUUCAGGAGGAUGUGCUGAUCGUGGCUGGAAAUGUGGCUGAAACCUACCGAGCUGUGAUCCAGAGCCUGAAGGUCCUGAGGGGAAAGUUCCGACGGGUCUUCUACGUCCCUGGCAACAGAGACCUUGCCCUGAAUGCCAGUGAGGUGCGGACAUCGCGAUUUCCAGACUCGAUCGCCAAGCUGUUGGCGUUGCUCAAGGCUUGUGAAGAAAUUGAGGUGGAUGUCUUGCCGGCUGCUAUUGGGCAGGAUGUCUACGUGGUGCCACUCUUUUCCUGGUACAAUGCGGAAUUUGACAAACGGAGUCGUCCAGAUCCCAACAUCGGCUUUGAUUCACAGUGCGUGUGGCCCUUGGAUCAACACCAGCUGUGGAAGUGGAUGCUGAAGUUAAACGAGGCACAUCUUCACGUCUACCGUGGCACGGUUUUGACUGUUUCGCACUUCCUGCCCCUGACCACCUUGCCCUUUGACGUUGCUGGUAAGCAGGCUCAAGCCAUGGGCUGUGAAGAGAUCGAGGACCAGCUGAGAGAAGUCAGGAGCAGUGCUCACGUCUAUGGUCAUAGCACUAUCAGAAGCCUGCAGGUGCAUGGUGGAACAACCUUUGGAAACCAUGCACUGGGCCUGGUCACUGAUGAGAACGAGGUGCCAGCUGGUCCUCGCUUGCUGUUCGACGGAGCCAAAGGUGUGGUGAAGAGCAGUGCGUGA